GCCAGAGUUAUGUUAUCCCUUUGUUUUCUCAUUUUUUAAAUGAAACUUAUUGUUUUCUCAUUUUGAUGGUUUGGGAGUCCGUUGAUUAUAAUUUGCAAGUAAACUGUUUUUUCUUUACAUUAAAACUUCCAUAUUUUAUUAGAUAGAUUCAAAAGUAUCUCUAAAACCAGCCUAGAAUAUAAAAGUCUACAUAAAAAAAAACAAAACAUUGAGCACAAGUUUUUUCCGCAAAUAGAUUGGUUCAAAAAUUCAUAAACGAGAAAUAAGAGAAGUAAAAUAAUAAUUUUAAAAGAUUUGUAUGGAUAAAGUCAUCGAUUCAGAGCCAUAAGAGAUGGUCAUUCUUAUUUUUCGAAUAGCUUGACUAAUUGUAGACACUUAUAUUCAAUGGACAAUACCAAAAUUACUUUAGACUUGUAUCAUUUAUAUCGAACAAAAAAAAAAGCCAUUGACGUGAUAUACUUUCGUAAAACCGAGUUCAAAGAACAAAUCAAACUAAACCUUGAAAACUAUCAACAAAUUCAAUAUGAUAAAUAUGAAUAUUGAAUGUGAUUUGUCCACAAAACAGUUGAAAAAACUACAUGGAAAAUAACAAUUUCUUUUUUGAGAUUUCCACAUCACCUGAUCACAUUGCUUCUUGUAAUUAAACAAAGCUCGUAUUUAUUUACCAUUCUUCUAGGAAGCUUCUUGGCCUAUCGAAAUUUAUUUAUUAUUAGUCAACAACGCGAACUUUCGGAUCUGAGCAAAGAUUAUUAUUAGUUGAAAAUACAUAAAUAAACAUGAUUUGUCAAUUAAAUACUAAUAAUUAUUCAUGACAUGUGAUGUAUUGUAUAGAUUCCAAGUUUGCGAGACUGUAACUAUUGUUGAUAAAUCAAAAUAACCCUCUCAUUGGCCGUUUCUUAAUUGAUUAACUAUACAAUACAGCUUGAUGGUUCGCAUAAAUCGAAGAUCAAUAAUUUUUUAUACAUUAAACGAAGGUAGAGUCACGUUCGGACUUCGUUGAUAGUCACAACUUAACAAUGACACAUUAGAAUAUUCAUACUCUUAUUCAUAAAUAUAAACCUUCGUCCACCUUGCAUCACGAAUAAGAGUUGUAAUAAUCACGCUAGAUAUAUAUAAUUCUUUUUGAAUCAUCUCAUGCUCAAACAAACUAAAGUCAACAUGUAUCACAUAUUUCAGAUCUCCGGUGAUGUUUUCAGGGCUUUGGGUCUGAAGAUCAAGAUUCUGAUAACAGUCAUCUUUAGUGGCUUACUCAUUGGUUCUGUAAUCUUACUAUCAUUCUCUAACAACUUCAACGACCAACUUCUUGAUGCUACACUCAACGGUUCAAGUGAAUCAGAAACACUCCAUGAUAAGUUUAUAGGAGGGCUUUUAAAACCGGGUUUCGAUGAAGGUUCUUGCGUGAGUAGGUAUACUCAAUCAUUGUUGUAUCGCAAGCCUUCACCAUACAAGCCAUCACCAUAUCUUGUCUCUAAGCUUAGAAGCUAUGAGAAGCUUCACAAGCGUUGCGGUCCAGGAACAAAAGCUUACAAGAAAGCAACAAAGAAUCUUGGUCAUGACGAUGAGAAUUACGCAAGCAUAUCAGUUGGUAAAUGCAGAUACAUUGUGUGGGUGGCGGUUUACGGGCUUGGAAACAGAAUACUCACUCUUGCAUCUGUCUUCCUCUAUGCUCUCUUGACAAACAGAGUCGUUCUUGUUGAUCAAAGCAAAGACAUUAGUGAUCUCUUCUGCGAGCCGUUUCCAGGUACUUCAUGGUUACUCCCUCGUGACUUCCCACUGAUGAAGCAGAUUGAUGGAUACAACAAGGAGUACUCUCGUUGUUACGGAACAAUGUUGAAUAAUCAUGCCAUUAGCACAAACUCAACCCCACGGCAUCUUUAUCUUCAUAUCUUACAUGAUUCAAGAGAUGAAGAUAAAAUGUUCUUUUGCACAAAGGAUCAAGAUAUGAUCGAUAAGGUUCCUUGGUUGAUAGUCAAAGCCAACGUCUACUUUGUUCCAUCUCUGUGGUUUAAUCCAACUUUUCAGACCGAACUGAUGAAGCUAUUCCCUCAGAAAGAAGCAGUGUUUCAUCACUUGGCUCGCUAUCUUUACCACCCCACCAAUCAAGUUUGGGGUAUGAUCACUAGGUACCACGAUGCUCACUUAGCCCGAGCAGACGAUAGGCUCGGGAUUCAAAUACGUGUGUUCAGCGACAAAGCGGGAUACUUCCAACACGUCAUGGACCAGAUCUUGUCAUGCACGCAAAGAGAGAAGCUAUUACCAAAAGUAGUCUCACAUGAAGAGUCAAAGCUCAAUAUGUCUGAAAGCCAGAAACUCAAAGCUGUUCUUGUCACAUCUCUGUAUCCAGAGUACGCUGAUCGCCUCAAGAACAUGUUUUGGGAACAACCUAGCUCAACAGGAGAGUUAAUCGAAGUUUAUCAACCAAGUGGAGAAAGGUAUCAGCAGACUGAUAACAAGCUUCACGACCAAAAGGCCUUGGCUGAGAUGUAUCUUCUGAGUUUGACGGAUAACAUUGUCACAAGCGCAAGGUCCACGUUCGGAUACGUUGCACAUAGUUUAGGAGGUUUAAAGCCUUGGUUACUCUAUCAACCAAGGGAUGCUUCAGCUCCUGAUCCGCCGUGUGUUCGAUCCACGUCAAUAGACCCGUGUCACCUUACUCCUCCUUCUCAUGGAUGUGAUGCUGAUUGGGGAACUGACUCAGGGAAGGUUGUUCCUUUUGUAAAGCAUUGUGAGGAUCGAGACAAUGAUGGUCUGAAGCUAUUUGAUGAGUUAUAAUAGUUCUUGUUUAUUAUAGCUUUAUUUCAUUUGAUUAUUGCGUUACUGAAACAGAGGAUCAGUGUUGUCUUUCUCGUCUAUAAUAAUCAUUCAUAUGAUCUUUA